AUGCACGUUCCUUCAUCUCCGCGCCGUAUUCCGCUCUUCUGCGUCCACUCCGACUUCCGCAGGUUCCGUCCCUCCCACGCCCACUUCCACAUCCGCGACUCCCGCCUUGUCUUCCGUCCCGUCUUCCGCGCUGUCUUCCGCGUUGUCUUCCGCGCUUCGUAUUAUAGAGUUCCUGACUUCGUGUAUGUGCUUUCGCACGCCUUCCAAGGUUGUCGUACUUACAUUACUCACGGCUAA